AUGGGAGUGGCAGAGUCCAGCAGCGGCGGCGGCGGGGGCGAGGCCCGGGCUGAGGUGGCGCGUUGCCUUCCGCAGGGGGGAUCGAGCGACGCCGAGUCGGACGACGGGUCCCCGGUGUCGGCGCUGGGCCAGCGCAAGACGUCCACCACGGGCACCAAGGGGUCUCGUCGCUCGUCGACGGCGUCGGACGCGACGCCGGCGUCGGCGGCGGCGCACAAGAAGGCCGCCCGCUCGGGCAGCUCCGACUCCACCACGUCCUCCGAGUCGUCGGGCGCGUCGUCGUCGCGCACCGCGGCCACCGCCGCCUCCAGCGCCACCUCCACCCCGCGCAGCCGCGCCAACGACUCCGCCUCCACCACCACCACCGCCACCACCGCGGCCGCCAAGCCCUUCCAGAGCCGCUUCCUGGGCGCCAACCGCACCGCGGCCUCCACCGAGAAGCCCAAGGACGACGACGAGGAGUCCGAGUCGGAGAGCAGCUCCGAGUCGGAGGAGACGGAGUCGGAGGAAGAGUCGGACGACGCCAGCAAGAAGAAGCCGGACCCGCCCACCAUGGAGAAGACCGACAUCGGGCCGCUGCUGGCGCGCAGCCAGAACGCGCGCGACACCACCGAGGCCCGGCGCCGCGACAGCCGAGACGACACCUCCACCGGCUACACCCCCAAGCGCUACGGCCAGACCUCCGACAGCAGCCCCACCCGCUCCACGGGCUACCAGUCGCGCUACGGCGCCGCCAAGGAGGACACCUCGCCCGCCAGCAAGUACCUGAGCGGGCGCACCCGCACCACCCAGCAGGAAGAAGAGCCCAGCAGCCGCUACGGCAGCAGCGGCUACACCAGCCGCUUCCUCAACAAGUCCAAGAGCUCGGCGGCCCUGUCCCCGGAGGAGGACUCGGACCGGCCCAAGUACGGGUCGGCGCGCUCCACGUCCAGCGCGACCACGGCGGCGGACGCCGACGACUCCAGCCGCUACCCGAGCGGGCGCUCGCGCUACGCGGCGCUCAAGGACAGGCGCCAGCGUCUGGCGCGCAGCCGCAGCUCGCACAACUUCGGCGGCGGCGACGACGACGACCAGGACGACAGCCCGUCCUCGCCCACCUCCACCAUGCCGUCGUCCUACCUCCCGUCGCGCUACGGGCCCGGCAGCAGCAGCAGCGCGGGCACCACGGGCGCCGGGGCCGGUAGCGGCAGCGGCGCCAGCGACCUGUCCCGCUCGCGCUCCACCCACGCGCUCAAGUCGCGAGAGAACUCCCCGGAGCGCGGGGCGGGCGCGGCGGGCGCGGGCGCGGGUGGCGAGAAGGACGGCGCCGCGCUCAGCUCGUGGGCGCGCUACCUCAAGAACAAGUACGGGAACCGCGGCAAGGACGGCAAGGACGGGCCCUCGGGCUCGGCGGCCGGGUCGGCGGCGGCGUCGGCCAACGCGGCGCGCCGCCUCUCCCUGGGCCUGCCCUUGCGCCACAACUCGGCCAGCGUCGAGAGCUCCGACGACGAUCAAAAAAACCCGGCAGGCUCCCCCACUUCCCCUACAGCAGCUACGGCGGCGGCAGCAGCAGCAGCAGCAGGUUUCGCAGUGGCAGCAGCAGGUUCCUCCCCUAGGAGCCAGUACCUGCAGAAGCGCCGCCAGCAGUUCAAGGUGGGGAGUCGGGGGAGCGAGCCCGGAUGUUUUACUUGGCCUCGCGGCAUAGCCGUGGGGCCUGACAACUCGAUCGUGGUGGCCGACUCGUCCAACCACCGCGUGCAGGUGUUCGACUCGAACGGCAUCUUCGUCAAGGAGUUCGGCACCUACGGCAACGGCGAGGGCGAAUUCGACUGCCUGGCCGGUGUGGCGGUGAUGGACCCAUCAGGUCGUUUCCUCAGAGCCUUUGGCAGUCAAGGCACUGCGGAUGGUAGAUUUAAUUACCCCUGGGGCAUCACUACAGAUGCCUUGGGCUUCAUCUACGUCUGUGAUAAAGAGAACCACCGGGUUCAGGUAUUCCAGUCAGAUGGCACAUUUGUGGGAAAAUUUGGCUCUUGUGGCAGCAAGCCUGGCCAGUUGGAGCAUCCUCAUUACAUUGCAGUCUCCAACACAAACCGUGUCAUUGUGUCUGAUUCCAAUAAUCAUCGUGUGCAAAUCUUUGAUGUCAAUGGGAAAGUACUAACCACCUUUGGCACAGAAGGUUCAGAUGAAGGUCAAUUCAAAUUCCCAAGGCAAAUUAAGAAGAGUAAAUCAUCACAUCGUGCACUUGGCCUUCCUGUCAAACUCUCUAGGUCUAAAUCUUUCAAGAUGUCAGCCCCUUCUAAUUCCACAAAAUCUCUCAAACAGCCUACAACAUCUCCUGUAUCUCACUCACUAUCUCCUGCUAGUGAACCUCCUCGAUCUCUCAGUCCCAGAGCCCGACGGGUCAGAUCGCAUGCGGCCAGAAUUGCCAGUAAAGCAGUCAAUGCAGCAGAGGGGAGUGGCAGUAGACGAUCAAGGUUACAUCUUUGUGGCCGACUCGGGGAACAACCGAAUACAGAUCUUCCAUCCAGACGGGACCUUCCUUCGAGCUUUCGGAUGUUGGGGGUCAGGAGACGGGGAGUUCAAGGGCCUGGAGGGAAUAGCAGUGAUGUCCAAUGGCAACAUUCUAGUCUGCGACAGGGAAAAUCACAGAAUACAAGUGUUUUAACAUCUCACCCAGGAGUGAAACCUCUACCCAUUAGGAAAUCGGUUCACACACUACGCAACCCAGAAUUCAGCACAUCUGGUUCCUAUCAAAGCAGCUUUAAUGUACCUGUCGCCAUGCCUGCAAUGAAAACAAUAGUAGCUAAUACAAUCCAAGUUAAUAAACGGAGACAGAGUCUCCCUCUGUCAUCACCUCCAUUACUGCUACCAAUAAUGCGUUAUCAAAGAUGAAAAUGCAGUGCAAGAAAGUACAAUUGUCUUUUUAAGAUAUAAUUUAGGAGUAUAGUCUAAAUACAAAUUUCUGUGUUCAGAAUCAUUUCAAUUUUGUAUUUGGUAAGUGCAUCAAGAAUUUGCCUGAGGAUGACUUGGCAGUAUAAUAAUUUUGAACUAAAGAUGAAUCAUAAUUACAGAUGAUGAAAGUCAAACAUCUAAUUUACAAUAGGAGUAUGAAUAAUGCAUUUCAACGUAUGCAUUUUUUCUUCCGUAAAGAAAUAUUUCAAGCAAAUACAAAAUGUCAUUCUCAUUUACUUUUCCAGCUAGGAUACAUAUGAGAACCUUUGUGUAAUAAAUCAACAAUAAUUCAUGUUUUAAUUAUACACUUUGUGUAUAAAAGUAAUAAUGUGUAAAUGAGAUUGUCAGACAAAUGUUUCAAAACCCAAUGAAGAAUUUUCUUUCCGUAUUGAUUGUAUUCUACUGUUUCAUUAAUGGGUGAGAAGAAUGAAAGAGUUGCUUUUGUGUUACUUAUGUUUAUACAUUUUGGUGCUUUAUAAUUCUAUGAUGUUGAUGAAAGUGCUUGCUUACUAUUGAGCUUUUUUGAAUUGAAACUUUUUUACUGUUGUCCUUACAUUGUUUGUCCCAAAUUUUUUAUAGUUUGAUUUCUUCUUUUGCAUAGAGACCUGAUCAUAUUUUCCCAGAAGUUAAUAUUAUUUUAAAAUAAGGUGCUCAAAAUCUUUAGUCCACUAUUUUGUUUAAAUAUUUAUGAAUAAGCAGUUGGUCAAAUUUGGAAAUCAAAUUUGAAAUGAACUGCUCUUUAAUUCACUGAGAAAUCAUUACAUAAUACAAGAAGUUACUUUAUUCUAAACUGUGUAUAAAAGUAGUUAACAAAUUGUAUGUUUCAACUAAAUUUUGAAUUUUUCUGUAAACAGAUUUUCCUUUUCAUAUGUAAUAAAGAUUUCUGAACACUAA